AUGACGAACGGAGACGUCGAACAGGCGACGAUGAAGAAGGCGCCGAGCUUACUCGAUCUCCAAGAGAAGGGGAACGACACGACGCUGUCGUUCAAGGACGUGCGGUUCGAGGUGGGGAAGAAGGAGAAGCGCAAGGAGAUCUUGCACGGCGUCUCGGGACAAGUGUGCUCAGGCGAAGUGCUGGCUAUUUUGGGACCGAGUGGGGCGGGUAAGACGUGUCUGAUCGAUCUGUUGACGCUCGAGGGUAAGGGUGGACUUUACACGGGCGACGUGCGGCUGAACGGCUCGCCGCUUACGCCAGAGCUGUUCACCAAGUACUGCUCCACGGUGCCGCAAGUGGAUCGACUGUGGGCAUUUUUGACGGUGGAGGAAACGCUGAUGUACACAGCGGAUCUCUUGCUCAAGGCGACGCAGGAGGAGAAGAGACGCCGCGUGGACGCGAUCAUCAAUACCGUUGGUUUAGAUGGGUCGCGUCACACAAAGUGCGGGAACCAGUUCCUGAAGGGACUCUCAGGCGGCCAAAGGCGCCGCCUCUCUCUCGCCGUCGCGCUCGUUGGGUCGCCAUCCGUUCUUUUCCUCGACGAGCCGACGUCCGGCUUGGACGCCGCGGCUGCGGCCUCCAUUAUGGGUUUCCUCAAGGAACUCGCAAAAGCGUCAAACAUCGCCAUCUGCUGCACAAUUCACCAGCCAUCGAGCGCAGUGUUCAACGGUUUCGAUCGCAUCAUGCUCCUCAGUAAAGGACGUGUCGCCUACCUCGGUCCAGCUCAUAAGACGGAGUCGUACUUCGCCAACAUCGGCUAUCCUGUUCCGCACGGCGACUCAAUUGCAGAACAUAUGCUUAAUGUGGUGAACGCGGAGUUCUCUGACCCGAAGCAAGUGGAUGAAAUCCUCAAUCAGUUUCAGCAAAAUGAUUCUGGAUGCAACCACACCGGUCCGCUCGGCGACGUCUCUAGUAAGGGGACGUCCAUCAUCGCGCAAACGAUGACGCUCGUUCGCAGACACGGACUUAUCACUUACCGCGAUCCAUCCAUGUACGUUGGUCGCAUGAUCAUGUUCCUCGUGGCUUGCAUCUUCUUUGCAGUCAUAUACAUUGAAUCUCGCUCUCGUUCUCAAGACCAAGUCUUCGCGAGGAUGUGGCUUGUGUUGUGGUUUUUAGGCGUGCCGUCAUCGCUCGGAGUCGUCGCCACGUACGUUUACAACGAAGAAUUUUUUGCCAUCAAGCGAGAGGUAAAGAAUGGGUUGCUCUCACCGUACUCAUACCUGCUCGCCAACCUGAUCAUUCAGAUUCCUUUCAUGAUAUUGCUCUCCCUCUUCGCGCUCGCCAUUCCGGCAUACGGCAUGGUCAAGUGGUAUGGACCGCAUUUCGUUCAAGUCGUCAUGAUGUACGCUCUUACGCUCUGGUCGUUUGAAGCCGCGGCGCAACUGUUUUCAAUCACUUUCGAUAACCCUCUCAUGGGCAUGCUGACGUACAUGAAUCUUUGGUUCGCUGGCUUUUUAUUCUGUGGGAUAAUGGUUCGCGAAUCUGACGUCAUCUGGCCGUUCCGGGCAAUGAGCUACAUCACCUACUUGAAGUGGGCUAUCAAGAACUUGGUGUAUCUCGACUUCAUCGACGCUACCUGGACAGGUGCCGUCGACGACAGCUCGUCGCCGACCGGUUUCUCAUGCAACGGCUCUGAACUCUGUUUUGGACGCACUGGCAAGGAGGUUCUCAGCUCUAUGAAGGCGACAUACUCUGCUAUUGAUUCCGAAGAUAAACUCGUCGAAAACGCAAUGAUUCUGCUCGCCAUCGGAUGUGCGUACAAAUUGAUUUACGUCAUUCUCUUCGUGCGCAAGUCGAAAAAGGCUCAGCUCGUGUAUCCGAUAAAGAUGUGA